AUGGUACGUGCUCCUGCCUGGCCGCCGUUAUCAGCCCUCCUCUCCCGGCCCAGCCUGGCACUCAGCCUAGCUCUCCGGGCCGGCAGGCCGCCCCCAUGCUGUGAUAGUGACAUGGAGCACAUGGGAUCUCCCAAUGUCCACACUGGCUGCCUGAUCACAUGGCUUUACAUGGAGUCCAGUCACUACAAGACAGGUGAUGCCAGGCUGCCAUCCACUAACUGUGAAUAAACCCCAUUCUAUAAGGAAUUAUAUCCCUACAAAGAGCCCAUGAACCUUCCUGCACACCGGGCUUGAUUUAAUACUUGGCCUAUCUUACUUAAAGGGAACUAGUGGAGAAUUUAAAUCCUGCCACUUCCCAUGUAAUAGUGAUGGAACCAGUUUUGUGAUUGUCUUUACUUUUUUAUAUAUGAAAUGCAUGGAUAAUACUGUCUGGGUAUGUCCUGAAUAAACCCUUGAAGAUAGAGUAACUUGCUUCUGUAACCUAGAAACAGCUUAAGUCUUGCUUAAACAUGUCUUGUUCUGUAGCUAGACUUGGGCUAAAAGAUAACUAGAUGUUCAAGGAUUUCAUUGGAUGACUUGAUUCAAAGACCCACUGUACUUAGAGUGUUUUUUAGUUUGGUUGGUUGUUUCUUUGUUUAACUGUCUUUCUUUCCAAAUAGGCAUUUAAAGAUGCAGGAAAAGCCCCCGUUGAACAGGAAGUAGCUAUACAUCGUAUCAGAAUCACACUCACAAGUCGCAAUGUGAAAUCAUUAGAAAAAGGUAUGUUAUGAUUACUUGAAUAACUUAACUCUGUUAAAAGGGCAUCUUAACAGAUGCACUCCUUUGUAGUGGACAAUGUUGCCAGGGGAAACCUAGUGUCAUUCCAUAGUAGUAAAAGGAGCCAAAUGAUUUGACCUUAACAUGGGUCCCCAAGCACCUUCAGUUUAGCCUAUGUUUGUGAUCUCCUCAAUAUGCAAGCCCAUACUUCACAAUGGUGACCUUGGUUUCAAUGGAAUUUGUUUGAGAAUCAGCUGACUCCAAUAAACCCAAUACAAAUAUUGGUAUCCAUCAUGAAAGCUUUAACUUAUAGCAGAAUUGUAGCCUAGACAAAAGGGAUCCCUGUAAAUGUCAGUACACAAACUUUGGAUGCUUACUGUGGGACAGCAGUUGGUGUAGCAUAUCCCUGGAACUACUACGGCUAUAUUUGUCAUGGUGCCUAGACUGCUCCUGUAAGUGAAUUCUUUUCACCAAUCAGUAUAUGGUUCCACUAUACUGUAAUUAAAACUUUAUCUCCAUAAAGUUGUAGUAAUUGUGCUGUUAUCAAUGGAAUUGUAAAAUAAACCAUGCAUUUUAGUUGGCAAUGAGGAUGACUUUUCUAUAAUGAUUUAAAGUGAUUGACUUAUACGCUAUUCUGAGCUGACUUAAAAUGCAUUUUGCUUAGGUACUUGGUAAAUAUGCUUUUGUUUGCUAUGUACUAAUGCACAGCUCUACUUUCCAGUGUGUGCUGACUUGAUCCGUGGAGCCAAGGAGAAGAACCUGAAAGUAAAAGGACCCGUGCGCAUGCCCACUAAGGUAAUGGAACCAUAACAAUUGCAGUUCUAGAUCUCAAAAUAUUCCACACAUGGGUACAGGAAAAGUAUAAAAAUUCUCAUAUUGGAACAGUAGGUGAAGAGGGCCUGCCUAAACAAUUUAAUUUUCAUUGCAAUUCUAUGUAAAAAAAAAACAAGCCAAUGUUUUUUAUUAAUUUAUUUUAAGGGUGUGAGCAUUAUUGCCAACGUGAAUUAUACAUUAAAAUGUUAAAGUUGAGUAAUCAUUUAAACUGCCAUCUUGGUGUCCAACAAGACACAAUAUAUGAUGUGUUUAACGACUAGUUUUUAUUGGCAUUAUAUAGAAUCAACUUAUUCUGCAGCACUUUACAAUAUUAUAAAGCAAGAACAUUGGUCUGAGGACCCUCUCAAACGAGCUUGCAAUCUAGAUCAAGUGGGACAGAAAGAAUGACAACCAGUUUUAUGAAUUUUUUUAAUUUUUUUUUUUUUUGUAAAAUUAUUUUAAGACUUGUGUUCAGUUCUCAGUAUUCCUUGCAUUUUGUUUUUAGACUCUGCGCAUCACUACAAGAAAAACACCCUGUGGUGAAGGAUCCAAGACAUGGGAUCGGUUCCAGAUGCGGAUCCACAAGCGUCUAAUUGACCUGCAUAGUCCUUCUGAGAUUGUGAAGCAGAUCACUUCCAUCAGCAUUGAACCUGGUGUAGAAGUUGAAGUGACUAUUGCUGAUGCUUAAAUACAGCUAUUCCUGUUAAAUAAAGAACAAGAACUACAAAUUGACUUGUGUAGUUUGUCGAUGUUAUUUAUAUAGUCUGUUUUCCCCUGCACUAAUGUUAAAUAUCUGUAUUUAAAACACUUUUGUUUACUAAAUACAAAGCCAGUUUAGCGCUAAACUAAAAGUUUAUAUCUAGUGACCUGUAAUAGUCUCAGUAACUAUUUGCCUAAACAUAAUGUCUUUAUGGGGAAACUAGGAAACUAGUUUUCCUGGUGCCAACUUCCCCUUCAUCAAGGCCCCCAAUUUGCAGAAGAGGUUAAACUGGUGCAUAAGUGACAAUGUGCCUCUGCGCUGGCUCAGGUAUGCAAUCUUUCCUCUGGACAUCGGUGAGACCUAAUGCGUAUCACAUCAGAUUUCCCCAGGUAUGGGGUAGGGAUGCUUUUUAAUUAACCAAAUACUGUCUUUACAUUUCUGGAUCCCUGGUGGUCCCAGUGGGAGGAGUGAACUCUAUCCCAUAGCUCCAGGGCUACUCACACUCGUGAGAUUUGGAGCGUUGCUGUGGUAACCACAGCAAAGCUCCAUGCUCGCGAGAGAAGGACCCGGAGGGGCUGCAGGUAAGAGCUCCCGUGUCCUCUCCCUCCCCAUGCCAGCUGUCAGCAAUGUGCCUGUGGACCAGGGAGAACUCUGAUCUCACUACCUGUUCCGCAGGCACACUGCAAUGCUGGCACUUGGACAAUGUCAGCCCUGCAUUAUUUUACUCCUGUCUCCUAAAUGGUGCACACAUGCCUGGCUUACCAGAGCCGAACAGACACUGCCUAUCUGGAGUCUUUAGUGUAAACUGAGUGGUGAUUGCAGAUGAAGGCCAAUCCUUAAUUGACACAUUGCAGCACUAUUGCAGAUCACUAUCACAGCAUAGCUGAACAAAACGCCCUACUGGAGUAGAGCAACACGCCGCAGCUCCUGCCCUUCACCUCAUCCCUGUGACCCAGGCAGGCUCGGACUGGCAAUCAGGCAUACCAGGCAAAUGCCCGGUGGGCCAAGGCUGGCAGGGGAGAUCUCAGGAUCUCCCCAGCCGGCCUGCGCUACCAGAGCGCCGGUUGUAUGCCUUUGUGGGCACGCUUACGCACAGCACACAAAGCUCCAUCACUCACACAGCACACUCCCACACAUAUACAGCACAUACAUAUAAAAUAACCCUCAGUGAGUAAACACAAAAUUAGAAAUCUAGAGUGACAGCAGAUAAAAACACACACCACCUGUCUUACACACUGUGCCCCUCACACAUACAAUAGUCCAAAUAUAUUAUAUAUACUACAGCACCCCUCACUGCACCACUACACACUACGCUCCAGAUACACGCUAGAUCCCUUACUCUAUAUACUCGUAAUCCUAUACACUAGAUCUCCUACACACUACAUUCCUUGUAAGCAAACACAACAUUCUCUAAACACACAUUCUCUACAACCCCUGCACACACUCGUUACAUCACCUAUAAUACUAUGCCCCUAUACACUCUCUACAGCUCCUAGCCACACAUUACAAACACGAAUGAAAUUGACCUAUUUACACAAUCCCACACCACAAUCUACACACUCAAUCCCACAAGCAGGCUCCAAACACAUGCACCAUACGCUUUCCUGGCCCUUUCGUCCUCUGGUAUCCCACUUGUGGAGACACCAGAGACAAUUUAAAAGCAAACAGCGCAAGCAUGUUAUUAAAUUUGCUUGCGCUGCCCAGAACAAAUACAGGGCCUCUUUCUAAUGCUAGAGCUCUUCAGUGGGGCUCUGCACAUUGAACCAACAUGCUCACUUUUAGAGGGGGCGUGCUUGUCAUUAGUGAUGACAAAACAUACCCUCUCUGGCCCUGGCUCCUUCUUAGGGGCUUCUCUGAUUGAAAAAUGCCUGGGCCUAAUUUUUUUUGCCAGUCUGGCCCUGGACUUAGGGAAGUCAUCCUCACUGAUAAAGAGCUGCAGAAUAAGCCUCCCACUUAUGCAAAUAAAAAGUCCCUACACAACACUACAGACUAUCUGCAUGCACACUCAUACACAAUGUGACAUAUCCACACACUAUUCCACAAGCUUCCCCAUACACAGCCCACAUUCAUAGGUAUCAUACACAAUACCAUAAACUACUAAUGAAUAUAUUCUAUACAAUAUAACAGCCCACAUGGGCACAAAUACAAUGCUACAAAGCAAUUGCAGCACAGGCAGAAUACGACAACAUAAACAGGUCAAUUAAAAAAAAUAGUACCAACACGCCAAGGGGCUUCAAAAUCUCCAUGUGGCACAGCACUACUAAAAGGUUGCCUACCUCUGAUCUAGUCUAAGUAUCCUGGCAUCCUUGUGUGGAGUCCUGCUUAUUUUCAUUUGCAUCUCCCUAUCUUAAGUAUUCCAUUUAAUGAAGCUUCUGUAGGCCCGAGCAGCCAUGUUGGGACAGUCUUCUGUCUGGCCAAGACUGUUUAACCUAACUUGCCUGCUGCAGAUUUACACAGCCAUAGCAGCAGGCACAUUAUACAGCAAGGUUGGAACAGUCCGUAGGUUAUGACCAAACAUGCCUUCUCAGACAAUCACCAGAUGAAGUGAACUGUGCGCAAUACUCUUUUAAAUGAGUUUCAUUAAAGUGAAUUAUGAAUCUAGGUCUCUUGUAGGUUGUUUUUUUUUUUUUGUGGGGGGGGGUUAACCUUACAAUCGAGUAUCUCUCCACUUCCAGGUAGAAGGAAAAGGGUUUAAAGAAUAAAAAUCAGCUCUUUAAUAGGUCCAUCUAUAUUUGCUACACCUCUUACAGGUUCCAUGAUAUCUAUAAUGCAGGAGAAGAGUGAAUCUAAAAUUUUACAAUUUAGUGUACUGCUAGAGCCUCAAACCAUAGACUUUCAUCUGCAACAAAAGUAGCAGUCAGGACAUAUCCAAAACAUACCAAAUUGGUAUAGCAGCAGAUGUUCAUGCAUGUUAGCUAGUAUAUUUUAAUGAGGCAGUUUUACUUCAUGGGAUAUGUACUUAAAAGACCACUAUAGACACCCAGACCACUUCAGCUCAAUGAAGUGGUCUGGGUGCCAGUUCCCUCUAGUGUUAACCCUGCAGCUGAAAACAUAGCUUCAGAGACAGCCACUAAAGGGCUUCCAGCCUCCAGCGUCAAAAAAGAUCCGCAUAGGAAAGCUUUGAGUAAUGAUUUCCUAUGGGCGGGUUUGAAUGCACGUGCGCCUGCGCAUUUGGCUCCACUCGGUAGAUGGAGGAGGAGAAGUCACCAGCGCCGAGCAAGCCCGGCGCUGGAUUAAGGUAAGCAAAUAAAUGGUUAAUUAACAAUUUAUUCACCACGCGCCUAGGGCUCUAUAGGGUUAGGAAUACAUCUUUGUAUUCCUAACGCUAUAGUGUUACUUUAAUGGUGACCGGAAGCAAUUACCUAUUUACUUGUGCGGUUUUUUUUUUGUGUGUGUGAAACAUACCUGGUCUGCAUUUGUGCUCUAUGGGCGCAAGACAUUUAAGUUGAACAGAAUCUCAUAAAACAUGCAAUGGUUCUAGAUCAUAUAUGCCAUGUGUCUCUAUUUAGUAGAGGCAGUCCCUAUUUUCUAUUCUAAUGUCAUUUUCUAGUAGCCCCAUAUUGUUGGUGUGCCUGUGUAUAACAGAUCUCCACUGCAAUAAUAUUCACUGUAAUGUGUCUUUAAACUACAACAAAUGAGUAUAGAAAUUUCACUCCUAACAUAAAAGGCUCCCACUUUGUCUAUUUCAGGGCUGUCAAAAACGUAGAUCCACAUAUUUGUAGAACUACAACUCCCAUGAUGCUUUGUAUGUGUUUAGAAUGGCAAGCCAUCAUGGGAGCUGUAGUUUUAAAACAUCUGGGGAUCUGCAUUUGGGGCACCCCGGUCUAUUUGAACUGUUGGAAGAUAUGUCAGAAGCUAGAUGGUUCGCUUAAUACGCUUACAAAGAGGUUUUUGGCAUUGUUUUUUCUACCAGUCCCCAUGAAUGCACAGGGCACAAUGAAUGGUUCAGUUCAUCAUCUUAAAAUCAUUUCAGAAAAAGCUAAUGGGGCGUUAACUAGCUUAUCUCCAUCUUGUGUAGUGGUGACAAGUUCUAAACCGUGGACAGGAUGAUCAAUUCUGAAUAAAUAUGUGCUAUCACGUGGCCUUGGUUCUAGAAGGUAAGAAGGACCUCUGUCACUAAGCACAGCCACAAGAGACACCUUUGUGUUACUCAGUGUUAGCAAACGUCCACAUAUGGAAUUCUUUGAAUAAGUUAGCCUUUAGCUAUCAGGACAUUUCCGUUUAUUUUAAUGUAUGUUUUAUUGCACUGUCUAGUAGCUCGUUGAAGAAGGUGCAAUCGGAUCUGGCUACUUAGUGUGGGCGUGGCGUACUUCAUCCAAUUAUAUCUCGGUGUAGCGCUCUGGAAUCCUGGAGAGCCAAUGAAAACACAAGCUGGGUAGAAUCCGGCACCGCGGGUUAUAUGAGCAGCUGCGCGCUGACUGUUGGUUACUUUGUAUCAGAUCCAGCGUUCUAUAGAGAGCGUUCUACAUUUGUAGCAAAUUAUCGUUCUUUACUGGCGUCUUACUUUCUCCAAACUUGGCAGCAGUAUAGUGUGACAGUAAGUGAUAUUUAGUAUUCUCUCUAAAUGCUUGGCAAUUCACAUCCAACUUAUUAAACCUGGGUGUGUCUGAUUACCAAUAUGGUUUGAAUUUUCUCUUCUCUGUUCUGUACUUUCUUAUAUUUUAUUUCAAGACUGUAUUAACUAAAUAGUGGAGAUAAAAUUUAAAUCGUAUGAAGGUUUUAACUUUAAAUGGCAAAGUGAAUUGAAUACUAAAAUAUCGGUAUUAAAUUUUUAUGAUGAAUUCCAGAGAACUCCUCGUUAAGUAAAUAACCCUGUGUGUAUCACCUGUCCCAUAUUAUACAUUGAGGUAUUGCUGAACAUCAGUUCGUGACUUUUGCUGCAGUUCCACGCAAAGCUUACAGCAGUAACUUUGCAAUGUGUGUGAGAAACAGACUAAAAGACUACCACAAACCUCAUCAGACAGUUGGGAUUAAAAUAACUUUUCCAUUGGCUGACAAGCCAUAUAUUAUCAGCCCAACAUAUAUUCCUUUUUCCUGGCUAAUCAUGGCAGCAUAUACACAUGGGGAGCCAGGAAAAGAAAAUUUCGGUAAUUAUGAAUAAGUUUUCCACUAUAGUGUCUCGUCUUUACUGUGAAUACCCCUGUGUGUAUCAUCACUCAGAUCUGCCCCUCUUCAUAAUAGCCAUUUUAAACCAAAGCUAAAAUCUCACAUGGAAAUCCAUUUAUAAAUCCGCAUAUAUUCUGUAAUUCCCAAUUCGUCAAUGGAAACUGUUCAUGGAUAUAUUUUAAUACAGCAGUUACUGAAAAUAAAAGGAGUAUAGUUUGCCCAAGUGAAUUAAAACCCAUAAUAUCUCCACGUGAGGUGGUGUGUCCAGGUGAAUUGGAUGCUAUGCAUCUAUUUUGCCCUCCCAGGGGAAGCCAUGCUAUCCUUCUUAGUUUAAAGAUGCUGCAUGUGCUGUAACCCUAUCAGUCCUAGUAUGAACACUCACUACUAAUUAAAAAAAAAUGCAUCACGUGGUUGCAAUGAAAACCGAUGUGAUGGCUGUGGCUUAUGCAUUAUUCUCGGUAGGCUUGCUUGUGUUCCAGGGAUCUCUGGAAAUGACUUUAAGUGUAGAUCAUUUAUUUGAAAGGGAAGAAAGAACGACUUUCGGUCAUUAGGUUCUGACUGAGCAGUGACAGAUUGUUAAUAUAUUUAAAGGGGCACUGUCUGGUUGUGGUGUGUGUGUGUGUGUGUGUGUGUGUGUGUGUGUGUGUGUGUGUGUUUUUUUUUGUUUUUUUUUCUCUCCCUAAUACCGGUUAAAUUAACAGAAAUAAGUCUUUUAGUUUGGCUAUUUUGACUCAAAACCACACAUUAGUGAAUGCCUAUAAGAUAUAAUAUAAUAUAAUAUAAUAUAAUAUAAUAUAUAUAUUAUUUUUUUUUUUUUUUUUUUUUUGCAGUUCUAAAAUGGAUUCCAAAGAUGAAAGUUCUAUUUGCCCUGUGGAAAACAGUUCUGUAAUGGAUGCUCUGGAGUCUGACUCUACAGUGCUGGUUAGUGACUUAAUUUCAGGAGAGAGGGGUAGCCAUUUUGUAAACAAAAUGGUGCUCAAAUCCCACUUUCCUUAUAUUACACCAAAAAGUGCAAAAUAGUGCUCAAAGUGUGUGUGUGUUUGUUUUAGUUUUUUUCCUCAUUCCAGAUUAAAAUUAACCCAUGGAUUAUACACACUGGAAACUAUCUACAUGUUGAUUUAUUCUGAAGGUUUUGUGUUUAUCUUCCCCCCUUCAGAAUGAUAAAGAAUUACAGCCCCUGAAAGUGUAUUUAAGAGUGCGCCCCUUUUCGAAGGCAGAGCUUGCAAGCAAUGAAUCCCAGGUUAGUUUUGAAGACUUGACAACUUUCUCUAUAUCGGAAUCAUUUUAACUUCUAAACUAUCUUCAUCCUUUUGUUUGUGGCUGGAAAAAAAAUACUUCAGAUAUUUGGGGUGAAGGAGGCAUUUUGAAUUUUAGAUUAUUUUGACAUGUGGGUAGUAUACAAUGGCUCUGCUGCUGCAUUUGGUGUGCUGCUCUGGUCAGAAAGUGAUUCAACCAAUGUUUAGCAUGUUAUAGCCGUGUGUACCUUGGUUCGUAGCAGUGACUUAGAAAAAGUGUUGGUUUCUGGAAAUUGUAAUACAGUUGCUGACUCUAGAAAGGUAAUAAACUAACUGUUAAUGUGUGUUUGUUUGUUUUUUUUGUUUUUUUUGUUUUUUUUUUAAAACAAAAAAUGCAGCAUACAUAACGUCACCCUUUCCUAAACAUUGAACCGGACAUGUACGUAAUGAACCAAACCAGAGUUAGCCACCACAAAAACUGUCUGCGUUUUUAACAAUAAAUAAAAAUCAAUGUAAGAGCACUCAACACACUCAGGACUGCUAGAAAUGCCCUUCAGUACAAGUUUACAUCCCUAGCAAGUUUUGUGAAGUUUAAUAUUUAUUUUGCAUUAGGACUGUGUGACUUUAGAGAACACGGAAACCGUAUCUCUUCAAGCUCCAAAAGACUCAUCUGCCAUGAGAAAUUGUGAAAGAGGGAUUGGACAAUCUAUACACAAAUUUACUUUCACUCGGGUAAGUAAAUCAACCAGCGUUUGUUAUAACUGAAUUUCUAAACAAUGAUAAUUACAUUGUGGCCACCUUUUUUAAAAUCGAUUUACCUUAACUUCCUAAAUAUAUUAAAAUUUCAUACAAGUAUACUAAAACAAUAUAGAAAUUAUAUUUUGUUUCAAAUUAUGUAGAUUUUUGGACCGGAUACAACACAGGCAGACUUUUUUGAUGGCACAAUGAAGGAUUUGGUAAAUUCCUUUAUUACUGGGCAAAACGGACUUGUGUUUACAUAUGGUGUGACCAAUGCUGGUAAAACCUUUACUGUGCAAGGUAUGAAUUUAUUCCCUUUUUAAUAUUGCUGUACAUUAAAUACAGUUUGGUUAAAACCUCUAUUCUCUCCAAUAGGUAACCCAAAAGAUGGUGGUAUUCUUCCCCGAGCGCUGGAUGUUCUAUUUAGCUACGUAUGUGGUAGACAGUACCCAAAGAUGAAUUUAAAGCCCUACCUGGGUAAUGAUGUCAUGAAGCUGGAUCCUGCUCAAGUGAAACAAGAGGAGGCUAUGAAAAACGCUCUCCUUUCCUCUGCAAAAGAGGUUUGUUUUAAGUCUAAUGUACUAAUCCAAUUUUUUUGACAUUUGAUGGCAGUACGUAUGGGGUUGUGCUUCCUAAUUGGGACAAGCAUCUGCAAGAUAGGAAUUAAGAAGUCCCUCCCCUUUUACCCUAUAAAGGGCUUCCCCCAGCAAACCCACUUCAGUUCUUCCUUGUCCCAGCACGGGACGGAUCAGGCAUCUGUUGGAGGUGAGGCACACUGGAGGAUGCGGCCCGAUUGCAGGCAGAGCGGCCAUGCUCCUUCCGUGGAGGUACGGAACUUCAACACCAGGAUCUUUGUAUUCCGAGUAGGUACCAGCAUUGGGAAGAAAGCGUGGCCCUUGGACGCAAUGAGUAUAUGGCAGGCCUUGCGCCUGCGCACAGCGGUGGAACGUACGCCCGGGUGGUGUGUUCCACCGAAGUUCCGGUUGCACAUGUGCGAACCGGAACUUCCUGGAAACGGCAGAGUGUGGAUCGCUAUGUAGUUCCCUCUGGCAGCAGGACGCUUGUUGGAAGGGUUCCCUGUGUCACACACAACCACCCCCACGGAUCAGAGGUUUUCAAGGUAAGAUUAGCUAAUCUUUACUUUGAAAAUCUGUUCUGAUUGGAAUAGAAGAAUUGGAGUUUUGCUUAAUGGUCUGUUUAUGCACCUUGGAAUGCCUCUUCCAUAAACAUGCUUUUCUUGUGGUAUCUGUGCUGCUCCCCUUCCUGUUGUACUGGGGUAUAUAAUUGUAACAAUGGUGCUGCAAUUUCUUUGGUAAAUUUAAGCAAAGACUAUGCUGUCAUUCCUAUCCUGGUGUCAAGAUUAUCAAGCCCUAUCUUUGGAUUCUUAUGGAGGGGAAAAAAAGUUUAUCAGCUGCUGUUCCUGAGAUGGUCCAAAGAGGCAGGUAGAAGAGAAGGUCUUCAGCUACAUCUAAUGUGGUUUCUGGCGUAUAUUUGUCUACAUCUUAUUGAGAUAUAUCUGGUUCAUCAUAUUGUGUGGAGUUGGUUCCCACCUGAUGUACUAAGAAGGUUCAUUAAAAAUUAGUCGGUCAUGGGGAACUUUUGAGGGUUCUCUGUUCCUCAGACCCCUCGUAUUCCUUAUUUGCAUAAAUGGGGGGGGGGGGAGGAAACCCUGUGUAACGAGCAUUUAUUGCCUGGUGUUUAAUGUUUACAAUUAAAUGGGGUAAAGGUUACAUCCCCAAAAUACACUGGGAAGCCAGAAAGUUCUGCAUUUCUCUUCCCUAAUCCCAUAGGUGAAACAGCGGAUUUAAAUACUAAGUUCAAGAAGGCUGAGACCUAUUACAGACUAUCUUCCAGGCUGCUGGUUUUCGGAAUAAGUCUUUGCUGGCAGGUGCAGCGGUGCCCAGAACUUAUAACUUUGAUUACUAUUGUUAAUGGAGGUCAUGGAAGUCUCCAGGCGGCAGCAGCAGCUUUUAAGUUUACUGCUGUAUUUGUGAUUGAUUGACAUGGCUGAUAAAUUUUGAAACUGGCAGCCAAAAGCAUGGGUUGAUCUUCUGUUGCCCUUGUGUCCUUAUGGCUUAAGCUUGGACUGUGGAUCAACGUCCCUUUUGGACCUCUGUUUAUUUUACUGUGUUUUUACCUUAGGAAAAUGGGUAUCUUAUGACUGAUGUCAAAAACUAAAAAAGCUCUGCCUCAAGACAAGUAGUUUUUACCUGUUGGUAGAACUAGGUCCAACAUGGGUAGGUGUUUCUGAUGCCAGGAAGGUUGGAGGCCGAAUCCUACAUUUCUAUACUAAGUGUAGAUAGCUCAGUGGGCUAAUGCUUGCUUCAACCCUUUGGGGGUCACAGGUUUCCCCAGCAGGGUUGACUCAGCCCUUCAUCCCUUUUUGAAGUACAUGUAUUGAGUACCAUUAAAUGGAGUCACUUAACAUUCCCAGGAUGCAUUUGGGAAUCCGUAUAUAUCUUUCCUGGCGUUUAAGGGGAAUCUACUUGCAAUCACUGGUCUUUAUCUAGUACAUAGGGCACCGCCUACUCUUUGAGAGUUUGUCCAAUCCAUUAUUCCUCCUUUAUUUGGAAGUCUUCCGAACAUCUGGUACUCUAUUUAAAAAAAAGAAAUGGAAAAAAAGUCCCUGUUGGAUACAAGGAGUUGGCGAUAUGGUUCUAGUGACCACGAAGUUCAUAAAGUUCCUCAGGAAUCUCCUGGAUACCAAAGCUGGAUUGUUCCUUUUAGACCGGUUUUGAAUUUAGAUUUGGUUCAUCUCCUAAGGUUCACAAUCAAACCUGAUGUUUCUGUAACUGAUUCUGCAGAAAGGAAAUUGCAUGGUGUGUGUGUGUAUGUAUCUCAAGAAGUUUUUGGAAGAUGUGCCAUAAGUGGAUUGAAGAGACUUCAUCUUCCUCCAGGAAUUUGUAUUUCCUAGACUCUAUUCAUGGAAGUUUUGUUUAACUGGUAGACAACGUCAAGUUUUCUUUCAACAAGUUUGACCUUUCAACCUAUAGAAUGGGCAGUUCUCCCUACAUAAGGCAUCUCACAGGCUGGGGCGCACCUCUAAAUUCUCUAAUGUGCCAGCAUUCUUGGUCCAAAGAAAUAAGUUAACUAACCUCAGAGCUUGCCGAUGCAGAUCUUGAUUAAUGGAGAAACUUAUUAGGAUGCAGUCAGACCACAAAACUGUGUCUUAAGUCGACAGACUGGGUGGUGCCAGUGUCAAAGUCUGUUUCAAUGGUGUACUGGGCUCAGGAUCUCUGGGAGGUCUUCCCUCCAUUCAACUUAUGGGGUACCGAAUAUGUCAUCACCUACAACCCCAGCAUGAGGGAGUGGGAUCAAGAGAAUAUCUAUAGAUCCGAUUCUAAAGGGAGAUUUGGAGGGCCUGGAUAGACCUUAUGACAAGGAGGGAGAAACUUAAGAUUCCCAGGUUUACCUCCCUAUACAUGACCUUUCUCUGGGAUUGUUUCUCUCCUAUAGACUGAUCCCAAGACUUCAUCAAAAGCUAUGAACAGACGGAACAGUGGUUCUGUCAAUCUUUCCAUACUGCCCAAACACUAGCUGGUUUUCGGCCUUGAUGGAGAUGAUUUCCAAGUUUGGGAUCUCCCUAUCUCAAACACUUUUAGAUGACCAGAUGGGUGGCUGGAAGUGUUUAAUGGGUUCAUAUUGAUGGCAGGGCAACUGCAUGGUGGAUCCUUCAUCUUCUGAGUCUUCAUAAGGAAGAAUCCAAUUGUUGCGUCUAAUGGUUGUUCCAUCUCUAACUUUUACAUAAGUUGGGUAGAGUUUCUACAUUACUGUAAGGAACAUCAUAGCCUUCUAGUUAAUUUGUCCGUUGGUUCAGAGUUAUACUUCCUUCAUGAGAGUUCCACAGGUUGGGCAUUUCCACUUUAAGACCAUAUUGAAUUCCAUAAGUUCUUUCUGGGAAAGGAUCGGCCUUUGUAUAUGCUAGUUGGAAGUUUUGUUAUGCAAUAGGCUUCUUAGGUCACCCAGGAAGUUAGGUUUAACUCUUGGGAUCUUUCUUCAAUCUUCCAGGUUCCCUUGGAGUUUGGAGGUGGUUCCACUUUAAGUUUCUAAAGCUGAAACCGCAUUCUUAGUGGCCAUUACCUCUGCCAAGAGAGAAGGUGAGCUUCAGGAUUUUUUUUUUUUUUCUUCAGUAGAAUUUGGUAUAUUCAGUCAGGAUAAAGUAGUGUUUAAUCAUAAAAAUUUAAUUCUUCCAGGGUUAUCCUUUUUAGAGCAGUUUAAACCUCCCCGCUGGAACAAAGAUGGACUAUACUAGAGGUUAAAAAGUGCAUUACAGGUCUACCUAUCAAGAUCAGCCGAAUACAGUAAACCAGAUCACCUGUUUGUCAUCUUCUAUUUCUCGUUGUUUGGUCUAUCAAAAUGGCUUGCACUUCAGUAGUUUUCCUACGCCAGCUUCUCUCACAGCACAUUCCACAAAGCAAUGGCAUUUUAGGCUAGAGGUACUCUCUUCCUCUAAAAUUGCAUUGGGGCAUAAUGCCCUCCAUAUUGGGGAUCUUGCUAUAUCCCAUACGUAUUGCCACUAUGUCAGAAAAAACACAUUUUUACUCACCAUAAUUUUUUUAUUUUUUUUUCUCUUAAUAUGGUGGCAAUACAAAUCUCCCUCUGAAUUACAAAUUUUGCUUGUGAUAUAGGGCGUAGGUGUUUUUUCACUCUACAUCUGAGGUGUUUGCCAGGUGAAGCCCUUUAUAGGGUAAAGGGGGAGGGACUUUUCGUAAUUCCUAUCUUUGCAGAUGCUUGUCCCAAUUAGGAAGCACAACGUACUGACACCAUAUUAAGAAAAAUAUAAUUUACGGCGAGUAAAUUUCCUACUUUCUAGUGUGUGUCCCCAGUACAAGCAACAUAUUUAUUAUAUAGCAAUGACCCUGCAAACAUUCAGAAUCCUUAAAACUGUAAUAAAACAAAUUCAUGUACUAUCCUAAAGGCCACAAUUUGUAUUGGCUAGUAAGGUGAUCAAUAUUGAUUGUUUUGUAACAUCACCUCUAGCUAGAGUGUUUACUGUGCUUGUAAAAGUCCUUUUUGCUAUAUGCCAUAUAAAAAUAUUGUUAAUCUAAAAUGAUCCAAUACACUGACACAUUAAACCAGCUGUAAAGUACCUCACUUUUUUUUCUUACACAUCUCCCGUUCAGCUUAGAGUGCUACCCUUUUAAUGUUCCUGCGACUGCUGCAAAUCCCAUGCUUAUAAUGUGCAGAGUCUUCCUAAACACUUAAAACUUUCUUUAUUGCACUCUGUUUAACUUGACAUUUAUCUCCUGCUCUGUUAAUGGCUUGCUGGAGCCUCUUAUAUGUGAUGACUUAAAUCCACAGAACAAGAGAUAAAACUUCUAAAGUUAGUUAACAUCAGAUUUUAAAAUGAAACCAUUUUUAAUGCAGGCUGUCACAGCCAGGAAGGUGUGGUUGGGGCACAAUAAACAAGUGAUUUAACUCCUAAAUGGCAGUGAAUUGAGCAGUGUGUGUGUUCAGAGGCAUGGUCUACACACCAAAGCUGCUUCAUCAAGCUAUAGUUAUUUUAAAAAUAAUAUAUUGUCCCAUUUAGACUAAAGGUCUCUAUCAGAACCAUAAGGGGAGGUGGAUACUCAUUACUUAUGUGCAAAUAUUUGCAACCAUGGCAGGAAAUGUAGGUUCCUUCUCUGACAAAUGCUAGAAAAUGUGUAUAUGCUUAUUGCAGCCACGGGUUUACUGAAUAAGAAUAUACCCGGCAAGUAAGAAUGCUAUCCCCCCCAGAUUUGUGGGGGUUCCUACGCCCUUGACUGCAGCACCUAGAUAUGUGUAUUGAAUCUUCCAAAUCUCUAUCAGCAUCUGUAUGUAAAGCCAAAGGACACAUAAUCUACAUACAUCCCAACCUAUGCUUGGAGUGUCUAUUUGUACUUAUUGGCCUUCUUGAAAUCUAGCAAGUCUAGACUGACUUCUAUAGAAUGGGUUGAAUAAUGGGGCCAAACAAUAUUAAAGUGUGGGAUUUUCUUCCACACUGAUUUUAUAGAUCUACACCAGUGUUUAUCUGUAAUUCUGUUUGAAAUGAUGCUAACUUUGUAAAAAAAAAAAAAAAUAAAUAAAAAAAUAAAAAAAAAUCUUCUGUUCCAGGAUGGUAUGAAGACUGCUAUAAGCUCUAGUAACCUGAAGCAAAACGCAUAUUCAAGUGAAAAUAUCCCAGCUUGCUCGGGUAAGACCUUCUGGUGUGUGUGUGUGUGUGUGUAUGUAUGUAUUCUAUGAGCAAACUCCAUUUUGUUUAACAGUAUUCACCAUUUCAUGUUAAAUUACGUGUCUGAAAGGUAUUGGAUUCUCUGCAGUGUUUAGGACUCCUGACUGAUUUCUAAAUCUUCUCAUAAGUAAACAAUAAUUUUUCUAGGACAUAGCAUCUUGGGAGGGGUUAUUUGUUUCCCUUCUCUUCCAACUGCUAUUAUUAAACUUCACCCCCCUUUAACAUGUAUGUAGUGGUGUCUUACCCCUUCAUGUUGCAAUAAUCACUCAAUGAUCAAUUUACAUCAUCUUGAAUACUUUACUUCUCGGCUCCCCAACCCAUUUUCUGGAGUUACCAGUCUCAUGGAUUAGAAACCAUGAUCUCUACCUAAUGCCUCCACUGUCUAAACUGUUUGUUAGCUUCCUUUUUUGUUGGUCUCAAUGGACAACCAAUUGCUUAGUUUUCAUAGAAAUGUAAUGAAUAAUAUAUUUUGCUACUAGCGCAACUAAUGCUGCUUGGCAGUGGUGGAAUGGCGUGAAUGGUGCAAUGAGUAGCUUAACAUUUUUCUUGUACGUGUAGAGCACAUUUUAUGAAAAUGUUAGAGAUGCAUGCAAUCACAAGCUACAUUUUUGUAGAUCUCUAGUUUUGCUCUCUCUCCCUAAUAUGAUGUUACGUAAAUUUGACUUUAAAAUAUAUUCUCUCCUAUAGUUCUGCAUAAGGGGCGGAUCAUGGGGUUACAGUGAAUGUUGCAUUCUGAAAAUGUUUCAGGGACAACACAAUCACUCGCUGCCAGGCUUCCAAAUAGAAUAUAUCCUUUAUCUAAAUGACAUUAGUGUCUUCAGUUAAGUCCCUCAUUGGCCCCAAAUGACCGCAUAGUAUCAAUUAGAAGCAUGACUCCAAGCCCUCUGCAUGUGAAAGCUGGUACUGUAAACUAUUUAGGAUUUAAAAGUGGAGGGAAGAAACUAAGACAUGAAGGCUGUGGUGUUAACAAUACACAUCUAUACUUCUAAUGCUGGUGUCCCAUUAAAUCUAAAUAACAAAAUGGAGGAAAAGAUGUUUGCUUCAGGUUUUUCCACUCCUAUUUAAUUUGUGAAUAUUUAGUGAAUUUCACGUGCAUGGAGCCUCACUUCUGUCUAAAGUAUUUCCAGAUUGUAAAAUGACUCCUACGUUUUUUAGAUGAUCAAAACCUGUUCCAGUUCUCCACUUGGGUGUCCUUCUUUGAAAUCUAUAAUGAAUAUGUUUAUGACUUGCUGGAUCACUUCCCAUCAAAGAACCAAAAGCGGCCAGCUCUUAAAAUCAGUGAUGACCAGUCAGGCACUUCAUAUGUAAAAGGUAAGCUUGGUUUUACAGUGUGCAGUUACUCGCACAAAAUAGAAUGCACGUCUUAACAAAAAAAACUGUAAGCUGUUCCCUCUUUGUGUUUGUGUGUUUACUAUUAAAUGUGUAUUUAAUUUUUGGGGCUCAUUCAGAAUUUUUUAUUUUUUUUUAUACUUGGUGAGCCUUUUAAAUCAGAGCUAAAGUCCUUUUACAGCCAUCCGCAAUUGAUCCACAUAUGAAUCAUUAACAUGUCACCACUUACUAGAAAGCUUUAGUGACUUUAGUCACACAUCCUUCUUUAACAGAGACUCCAAUUGGCUCAUCUCAUUGAAGAGGUUUUAGUGCCUGGAGUCCUUUUUGUUCACUGUUAAACAGUUUAAGGUUCUGAUGAUAAUCGGCAAGAUCCCAGCAGUCCAUCCCCUCUGUGCAGCUUGGGCUAAUGUGCAGCAGUGGGUGGCUGUGAUUGGCUGAGUGUAAGCUUACUGCUUUCAGGUUCACAGCUGCCUGUUGCUGGUAUGAAUUGGUAUGACUGUGUGUACUUCCUGUUUUAGCCAUUCUUGCAGUGGGGUCUGGACUGUGGGUCAGCAGGGAUCUGAAUGGAGGGGACAGCAUUUGAGGCCUCAGGCAUAAAUACAAUUAAAUGAGAUGAAAUGGUUACAGUACCCAUUUUGCCCUUUAAGUUCCUGUUGAAUGGGCCCAUGCCGUGCAGUUAGUGGAAUCUGAACAAAAAGGCUGACCCAAGUAAGCUGUCUUAUGCGUUAACCUACAGUUAUCACUAAACUGUAUGAAUAAGAGUUCAAUGCUAAGCCUCCACUUAACUGUCUGCAUUCCACCUAUGUUUCUAAUAAAUUCUUCUAGCAGAAAGACAUGCCAAUAAUGCAGUCUGACCAAGCUUAUAGAUUUAUUUUUGUUAUUGCAUACUUCUCAAUCUGUGGUUUUAUUUUUUUAUUUUUCCCUUUAUUUUGGUUUUGUAUAUUUGUUUAAAAUGGUUUAAGUGGUUGGCCUGAGCAGCCGCAUGCAUUCUGAGAAAGCCAGAUUGGCCCAGAUUUUCCAUGCAUAUUUUUUUUUUUUUUUUUUUUAAUACGGAGAGUAGUAAGAGUAGGCCAGACAUAGCAUCAGAACUUGUAGAGGACUUUUCCCUAUACAUAGAAUGGUGGACUUGGGAUUUCAGGGGUCCACUAAGACUUAUCAACAGGUUGAGGGGACCUCUAACUUGGUGACUUUGGCCAUCUUCACCACCCUCCUGGCGUACCUCCAUCCAAAGUAUUUCAGCAGAGAUAUCACAAGUGUUGGAGGAUGUUGGUGUUUACAGCCAUAUUUGACACAGUGGAGCAACCCACAGGAAUCUACAGAAGCAACUUGGUGACCGAACACCUGCCCAACUCCAGCUAGAACACAAAUUAUUGGCUCUGGAGCAUUUAAAGAAGGUGGAAUCACCUGAAAAAUCACCUGAAAAAUAGAGAUGGUCCUCUCCCUUUUUCUCUGACCUCUCCAGUAUGACCCUGCAGUUGAGGAAAUUACUCCAACUCCCAACUAUCCUAUCUAAACACUGCCUAAUGUGAUGGGAGUGCUAGCUGUUUGCUCAACAAAAUAAUACUGUGCACAAUGUCACUGAUGCUGCAGAGUUGGAUGCUGUCUGAUCUACAUUGGGUCUCUGUCUGAUCCCAUAACCCAUCACUACUGGGGAACACUGAGACGGCUGCUACCUUUAUAGGACCCUGUCAAUAUCAUUAAAUUUACCCCUGCAACUAGAAGCGGUAUGAGUAUAUCGGUUACCUGAAUAUUGUAUUUUUAUGUUGGGACUUGCCUUAUUUUCAUUGUUGCUUUACAGUUUUCAAAUUCGAUAUUUAUUUUAUUUUUUUCCUUUCCUUUUCAGAGAACCUAUCCUUUACACAGCUUUUUAGAAUACCUUGAUUUCCACGUCUGAGUGCCGAGACUGGGUAUUCCCCUGCCAAGCUGGCUCCCAAUUUAUUACCCUUAUAGCUCCAGUCUCUCUAACAUUCUAAUCUGUUCCAGGGAGCGGUCUCUCUCCUAACACUCUAGGAAAUCUUUUUGCAUAUUCUCUUCCUUUCCCAACCUGCUUAGCCUGUGCAAUUCUUACAAAUCUACUGUAUUGGAAAUGCAUUUUUUUAGAUGUUCUCAUGGCCUGUUUGUGUUCUAAUAUAACAAAAACCAAUAAAUAAGUCAAUUAUGUAUUGCUUUUGUGCACUACUUGUAUACUUAUGCACAUCUUGUAUUGCAUUAUGUCUACCCUAUGUCUGACUGUAGAAUAAAAAUAAAGGUGUGUGUGUGUGUUUUAACCAAAACCUGUGUGUAUUGAACACUUAUUUUUUAUUUUUUUUUAUAUUGGAAUAGAUUUGAAGUGGUUUAAUAUAACUAGCACGGAGGAAGCUUGCAAAAUACUGCAAAUUGGCAACAAAAACAGAAGUUUGGCAUCUACUCGGAUGAACCAGCAAUCCAGUCGCAGGUAUGACUCAUAGAUUCGCAUUUAAAGUGUCCAUAUCCAUUCUUGAAUACCAAAUGUGCCUACUGGAAUGCAGGGAGUGAGAUGAAGAGGCCAUGUGGCUUUUUGUAGGUAUUAACUUGGUAAUCUACUCUAGUCCUCUCUCAACUGGUGCUUGAUUCUUAUUUGCUUAAAUUUCAUUAGUUUGCAACAUUUUAUUAUGGUCAAAUCUAUUUUGGAUGCCUGGGAAAUGGACUUCUUGAUGUGGCUGUGCUGUCUCCUAAAACAGUGUUCUCAUUGUAUUGGUAGUAUGUUAGUCUGUAUAAUUGAACUUCUGUAGGAUUGAAUUUGUGCCAUGUAAAACUAAAUGUUUCUUCCUCAGCCAUAGUAUAUUCACAGUUCGACUUUUGAAACUAAGUUCUGCUGAAGACCCCAGCGUUCUUGGCGUCUCAGAGUGAGUAUCUUUGUACAUUUCAUUCUUUGCGGACUUCUGUAUUUAAACACUGGACUAAUUCACUUUCAUGAUUGAAGAGCAUUCCAAAAAAAACUUGUUAGAAUUCUCGACAACUUUUUUUUUUUAUUUUUUACUUUUUUCUUUUUUUUCUUUUUUUUAAAUUUUUUUAUUCCUGGAACUUGUAAAUAUCUGUGCAGGAUGUCUCUCUGCGACUUGGCUGGGUCUGAAAGGUGCAAUAAAACACAGACUGUUGGGGACCGUUUGAAAGAAGCUGGUAAUAUAAAUACAUCUCUGCUCAUCCUUGGCAAGUGCAUUGCCGCUUUAAAACAAAGUCAGAACCCAAAGUAAGUUAAAUUAAGGUAAAAGUACAUCAUUAUAACAUCAUCGGUUUUAUUUGUUAUCAAGACUAAUCAGACACUUGCAAAUCAAGUGAGAACUUGCUAUUUACAGUAUGUUUUCAACUUUGCUUAUUGUGUAAGAGUUUACGCUAAUGUAUCUGCUGCUCCCGCGCUAGCUGUACUAUCUGAGCAAUAAUAUCAGUGAUAUGGACGCCCAGGUCAAUUAACAUGUUACAUUGCUAAACAUGGUGCUAGAUUAAGGUAAGGGUGUGAAUAAGAACACUUACAGAAUGGAAGACCAAAUAAUAAAACCAUUGCAAUUUAUUUGGACUAAAUUUUGUAGUGUCAAUCUUUCGGGAGUUUCUCCCUUUAUCAAGUCUAAAGCAUUUUUGACCACAAUGAAACCAGCAAAUUGGGUUAUUGACGUAAUUGUGACGGAUCUCCUGUACUCUGACAAAGUGGGGAGGCAGCCUGAAACGCUUCAAGCCCAGUCGCCGAGGCUUGACUGGGGUCUCUCUGGAGCUUUCCUACCAAACAGACUGCAGCUCACCUUCCAGGCAGAUAUCGUAUGUUCUGCUACAGCCCUUCUUCCAGUCAGGUAUCCACCUCAGUCUGCAAUGUGUGUUUUUUUUUUUUUUUAGUUUUUUUUUUUUAAUAUAAAUUGCCUUUACAACGGCACUUGCGGCUUUCAGGCCUAGCUCUCUUUAUUUAUCCCAGGGCUUAGAGGGAUCGUGCAGCCAGCCAACUGGUCCGAAAACUUACACGGAGAUCCCUAAAAAUACACACAGAACACAAGUUCCAAAAGGAAUGAACAUACAAAGCCUUAUUUUUAUUUGGGGCUAGCCCAUAUGAUUACAUAAAGCUUACAGUGACACAUUUAAAUGCAUAAAACCAAAUCACUUGAAGAAACACAGGCACUGUUAACACACAAACCUAACAACAAAGGGUCAGGAAAGAUAAUAACUUUAAAUCUACUGUCUGCAGAAACCAUAAUAUGCAAAUCCACCUGAAAUAUGCAAAUUACCAAGCCUUGCUAUUCAGGUAGUGCUUAUUGGUGUUGCUACCAACAGGUGGUGCUGCACAGGCUCCCCAGCCAAAUCCACCUAUUAUAUUUUCACACUCUCUGCACUUAUGGGCACAGGGUGUCUUCGACAUAGUAGUCCAGGGUCCUACAUGAAACCCCCCCCCAAAAAGUUUUAAUAAACUUAUUCAGCAAUAUGAAAUUGAGGCCCAAUAUGGCUGUAACACAGGUUAAAGUACAGAAAAUAUUCUAGAGUGUUGUAAAUAUACACUAGGAUGGGUAAAUUGGAAGGAAAAGAGUUAAAUGAAAUGAUGGCAUGUUUAAGGGGGGGGAAGGGGGGGUGGGGGGUGAUGGGUAGGGCACAAAUGUGCAGAAAUAAAAGCAGGAUCACAAGCUACACAAAUAAGGGCAAUGCACAAACUAAUACAGGAAAACUAGCAAAGUGGAACAAAUGCAACAAUUUAGCUGGUUUCGAUAACGAUUUUACCACCUUUUAAAACACCUGUAUGCCUUCUCUUAGGGCAUCUUCCUAUAAUAUGUGUAACCUACACCUGCUAUUGUAUCCGUUUUUCACCACUAUUUGUAUUUGUUACCCCUUUUUGUUCUUGUUUUACUUUGUCUCACAGAAAGAUAAACUACGUACCAUUCAGGGAAAGUAAGCUGACUCGGCUCUUCCAGCCAUUUUUUUGUGGCAAAGGCAAAGCUUGUAUGAUUGUCAAUAUUAACCAGUGUGCAUCGACCUAUGACGAAACUCUUCACGUUAUGAAGUUUUCAGCAGUUGCUAAACAAGUGAGUGAUAUUUGAAAGGGGAAAAAGUGUAGUUUCACACUGCCUUACGAUGAUUCACCUUAAUUUAAAGUGUUUUUUUUUGUUUUUGUUUUCAUUAAAUCCUCAUUCUGGUAGUAAAAUUUAUUUACAUUUUAAGUCAGAUUUUUUUUUCAUAUUGUUGGUAGUUUAUAAACUCUCUCCCUCACUUUUCUGGUGGUCUGGGAAUAUGAUCAAACAAAACCCAUGAUUAAAGAACUAUUAAAGGCACCCAGAACAUUUAAUCUUAAUGUAGUGUUCUGGGUGCACAAACUUUUUUUUUUUUUUGCAAUUUUGUACAAGCUACAAUUCUUACAUUGUGUGGUUACUGCAUCUCUAGAAGCAGGCUUCCCAACAGGCAGUAGAUGCACUUUACAGAUGAGAACCUUUAAAUUCAGUUAUCAGUCCAGUGCUCCUAGAGUGGCAGUUCACUGUUGCAGUGCAGUGACUUUCUGCGCAUGCACAGGAGCCUCACAAUGCUUCCCUGUGAGAAAGCAUAGGAUUGGUGGACAUUAUUAAAAUUGAUUAUCUUGGCCAAGGAGGGAGGAAAACAUAAGACUGCAACACGCCAAGAGUAAAGUGUACAGGUAAAGUGGCUACAGGGACACUUAAGCUUUGGGAAUACAUGUUUGUAUACAGUGUUUAAGGGACACUAGAUUGUGUUUGGUAAAUCAAGGGGCAAAAAUUGCAGACUUCAAUAUAAAUGUUCAUUUUUAUAAAAUAACCUGGUUAUGCCCCCUGGCAGUCAAUCCGUCAACAAGCCCUGUUACUACUAAGCAGUUUUAGCACAGUGCAGCGAAGCAUUACAGGCAAGAAAUGGAUCAGAACACCUGCCUUGCAAAGACUUAUUUGAGCUGCUUUGGAAAGUCUGUGAUUGGUGUAGAAGGGGAGGCCUUUUUCAUUGGGGUGUGUGGUGUUUUAUGUUUGUGUGUUUUUUUGUUGUUGUUUUUUUGUUUUUUUUGUGUGUAGUGGUUUUAAAGAUUGGAUGCAUAUAAAAGAUUACUAUACAGUGCAUAGCCAUUCACAAACCUACUGGGUUUUCAUACGUAGUAAAAUAAAUAUAGGAUUCUACAAGCUAAUAUUCCUGUGGGAUUCUUCAAAAAGUCAUUGUAAAUGUAAAACCCCAAAUCCAUGACUUAUUUUGUAUAGUGUAUAGUCGUAUAACUAGACACUAACUGUCCAGUGUUUUUUAGACCAGUCCUUUCCAGGUAAAACCUGUACCAGAAAACUUCUAUAUAAAACAUUCCUUUUGCCCAUGAGAAUAUCACAAGUUCUUAGAAAACGUAGUCUACAUUGAGGAAAUUUAUAUAGUGGAAAUAAUCCGUAAUGUGUCGUGGUGUGUGUUUGUAUUUUUUUUUUUUUUUUUUUUCCAGAAUAGCAGUUUAUUAAACAUUCUGUUUUCCGCCAAAAACUCAAACUUUUUUUUUAAUUCCAAAAAAAAAUCACUUUAAUGAAUAGAAUAACCCCGAAAGAAAGGUAUAUUUUUCUUUAUACCUAAAAGGUUAUUCAUAUUAAUAAAAAAUAUGCCAAGUGAUUAUUAAAAUGUAUUUUGAAUACCAUUGUAGCAGGUAUUAAGUGCCUCACCACAAUGCUGUCUUCAAAUCUUUGCUGCAAUAUUUUCAUGGACUUAAAUUGGACCUAUUUAGUAUUGAUUACUGGCUUGACUUAGGUUGUGCUCUGUCCGAUCUUUAUAUCCCAAAUCAUUCUAUAUUGCUCUUCUUGAAUCCUUUUGUGCCUCCGUGUGGGGCUAUAGUGAAUUAAUUUCAAAGUCUUUUUUUGGUUUUUUUUUUUUCUAUAUCCUUGACACAAAAUGAUAAACUUGUUUUCAUAUAUACAUUUAUUCAAGGUGGUUCAAACUAUUCAACCCAGAAACUUUGAAUUUAUGAACUCAAGAGUAGUGGGGAAAGAUGGCAAGGUUAUCGUCGAAAUUGAUGCCGAUGUGUCUAUCGAGGAUCUUCUUUCGGAGGAUGAAGAGGAAAUUGAUGUCAGUAUCUUAUGUCCAGAGGUGAGUAGUAUGUCUCUGCUGUGACACUUCUAAUAGUUUACUCUAAUAACUUGUAAAUUAUUUUUUUUAUUUUUUUUUGUACAGUUGUGUAAGAAUCUGGCAUUUGAGGUUUAUCAAAGGUGUGCGUGUUGUGUUUUUUUUGUUUUUUUUUUUUGUUUUUUUUUCUCCAGUGACAUGGUUUAUCCAUCCUAGGAAACUGUACCAUCAUUUUGAAAAUAGUGUUGCUUUGUCAGUUUCUCAGAGGUGGCAUAGCCCUUCAUGCUGUUUGUCUAAACUUAAACUGUAUAUCCUAAUCUGUUUUGUAAUAUCAUACAUUACAUAUAUACACUUAGCAAUGCAGUUAUUUCCUGUGAGUAAGCUAAUCUCUAGGCAUGGGCAUUUUGUUUCAAGCAAAUCAAUUGGUAUUAAAAAGUUCAGCAAAUGCACAUCUAAUCUCACAAAAACCAUAAAUUCCACAGAGCUGCCAAGACACUAUAGCUCCUUGAAGAGCCAUUAAAACAAACUGCUUACGUCCUGGGGACACUUUGUAUUAUAUUAUCCUAAGUAGCUGUAUUGUGUAUAGGCUACCUGGGAUGUACUCUGCCAAGAGCAAUACGUUGAUUUAUUUUAAACACUAAAUGCAACUUUCAGUUGUAUGCACAGAAAUUCUUUGGGGGUGAGGGUGGGUUUGGAUCAACCUCUUUGCAAACUAAUCCAAAUAUAAAUUUUUAGGACCUGCUGAGAAAGAUUGAAGAACUAAAAGAGAAGCUUUUUGCUGAACGCCAAAACAAGCUGGUUCUUGAAUUACAGAUCCGAAAAGAAAUGGGUGAAGCGAUGUAUAAACAGAUGGUGGAUCUUGAUGAAGGUUAUAGGUAAACGUGGGUUUAUUUUUUUAUUUUUUUAUUUUUUUUUUCCUCAGUGUACAUAAAUGCCCUUAAAGCAUAGUUAGCUCAAUCUUAAACUCUUAUUAAAUUCAGUCUUGGCAAAAAGUCAUAAUUCAGCACACACAACUAUUAUCACCACUCCAUUAGGAUCCACGCUUAACCUUUCCCACUGCUCAGAAGAAAGCUGGUGCCCAUUCAAAUCUCCCACCCUGCUAUCAUUGCAGGAUACUUCAACAUCUAAACCUAGCACAAUGAGAUCUCGGGUAAACCACAAAACCGCCACCACGUUUCGUCUAGUAAUCCAAACUACCUCAGGGCAAUAGAAUCUCCAGGAGUAAAUAUAUUGGGUAUUUAAUACAUAACUCUUAAAGACCUUUCAGCGAUAUGUUUAUAAUUUUAUAAAAAUAAAAUCCAGGGGAAAAUGUUGCGUUAUUAAAUUUCAAUAAUAGGGUGCAUACCAGCUAAAGACUAAAUUUGCCAUUUUGGGAGACUGCAUUUUUAAUUUAAAGAUGAGACUUUACCCUUGAUAUUUAGAGUGUGGAUGCUUAUUUUUCCAACUUACCUUUUUACCUAUUCAAGCCUGUGGAAAAGGUAAAAUCCCCAUGUAAAUAAACUAUACUUUUUAUUUUUUAUUUUUUUUUUUUUCAUUGGCAUUAUGAUGCGGUAGUGUUUACCUAACCACUCCAGAGAUUGAUGUGAGUGGACAAGUUGAAGGAGAUUAUCACAGAUCUGUACACAGGCUGACAUGAACCCGAUGAACUGAUAAUGUCCUUGAUAAUACUAUAAUCUGGACAGAAGCAUCAAAAGCACAAUCUGAGAACUAUUUUAAUGCUAAAUCACCCUGUAACGCAGAAAAUGUUUUUAAUUAGCAAACUGGUUUAUAUGUACACCAUGGUUAGGCAGCUUUUUGCACUCCAGAUGUUGUGCACUGUAUCCUAUAAUACUGGCAAAGCAUCAGGGGAUUUUUUUUUUUUUUUUUUUUAUAUACAGAUAAUCACAUAUAAGAGUUUGUGGGAUAUUUUUCUUUGUGUUGUGUAACCCCACACUCACCUUCUGGGUUUUAUUCUAGAAUAAACGUAACGAUCUGCUAACAUUCUGUUUCCAAGCACUUUAUUUUAAGAAGUUUGUAUUUCUUUAAGUCGGCGCAUUGAAGAACUUAGAGAAACCUAUGAAGACCAAGUGGAGAGCAGGUUAGAACUGUACAAAAAGGCGAUAAAAAAUCAUGCCUAUCGGCAUGCCCUGGAAGAACUUGAAGAGAACUAUGUGCCACUAGAUGAAUUCCAGGUUGAGCAAGAGAAAGCUGAGGUGUGUGUUUAGAUUUGAUGUAGGCAUAUCUACAAUUAUCAUUUUGAUUUGUAAUAGCUGCAAAUAUUUAUAAAGUUAGAUCCAUGCAUUAAACAUGUUCAUGAAAAUUAAAAUUACUAGAACUACUAUACAGAAAUCCAAAUCAAAGUAAACAUUGUUCUCAUGAAUUUAAAUACUUUAAAAAUGUUUUGAAUGGUUACUCCAAGCACCACGAACACUGAUUUGAAGUGGUCAUGGUGCCUGUAAUCUGUAGCAAAAUGCUUUACAUACGGCAUUUAACCCAGAGUGGCUAAUGUGAAUCCUGUGCAAAUUUGACCUUUUUUACCAGCAGGCACAGCAAUGGGGGGGAGGUUGGAGUAACACUUGUUUCUGUACUCGUGGGUGAAUGCUUUGAGGCCCCAGAGCUUUGUUUAACCCCUUAAGGACACAUGACAUGUGACGUGUCAUGAUUCCCUUUUAUUCCAGAUGUUUGGUCCUUAAGGUUAAAGGUUAAUGUUAACUUUCUUUAUUUGCUUCAGCACCUUGUCUUGAAAGGCUUCCUACAUUGCAUUAACUGUGCAUGGAACAUUCAUUUAUCCAUUCUGUCUUGAUACAAUUGCAAAUUGGUUCACAGCAGCAUUCCUCUGACACUCCCGCUUCCCAUGUAGACUUGCUAAAUUUAGAUUGUUUAAUUGAAAAAGUCACUGCAGUACAUAAAAUGUUUAAAUGAACAUUCCACUGCCCAAAUGCAAAAACACCUCACUGUUUAGAACAUAUACCCCUAAUGAAAACGUGUAUGAAUUUAAUUAUGCAUUUCAGUUUUCUCUCUAAUGGGGGUUUAUCUAAAAACUACUUCCAAAAACUACAGAUGUCUGGUCUAAGGCCUUUUGGAAGCCAUGGAAUUUCUGUGGCUGUCCAAUUAAACACUUCCCAAUGCAUUUCAAAGAGCAGUAUUUACAAGGCAACUUGCCCCAGGACACAUUUGAAACUUUCACUGGAUGUGCAGGGUUUCAAACUGAAACACUACAAACUCCUACCAGCAAGACAACUUCAAUAAGCAGUGGUUAUUGUGGUUGGAGUAACCCUUUUAGCGCUUCAAUUCUACUUGCUGCAAGCAUUUGUUUGCUGCUGCGAAUGUUAUAUGUGCAGGAAAAACAAAUCUGUGUGGAUCUGGUAAUGGUGUGUCCCAAGGUGUCUACGUGUGCAAAAGUACAUGUCUAUCCAACAGGAUUGAUCUCCAAACCAUUUCCACCUCUUGGUCUGGUCACUUUUGAUACAGGAUUUAUCCUUGAUGUGUAUUUGUGUUUUAAGCAGAUUCAUUCUUGUUUACAUUGUCUAAUAGGAGCAAGAGAAUAGAAUCAAAGAGUUGGAAAUUGCACUUGGUCAAAGAAAAUAUUCAGGAGGAGAUGAUGCAAGCAAAGGUAUGUAGUAAUGUGGGCAUUUAUGUCUGUAUUUGGUUUGAAUCUUUAGUUUUGAGUUCAUUAGAGAUCGGGCCAUAAUAUUCCUUCUAUUAUAUGUUGAAAGCAUACAGGCAGGGCCUUAGUCAUAUCGUUUGUUUAACAUUUGCCUAAUCAGCACUUCUCUACAUGAUGAUCAUAGAAUUAAUUAUCUAAACCUGCUUCACACUUAAACCUUACUGGCUUCUGUAUAAAAAAAAAGAAAUUAGGAUUGGCAAGGCCACAAUUCUGACUUGACCACACAAAAUAGAAAGAUAAAAAUGCUAGCCAUGCAUGUUCUGUCCUUAUUCAUGAUUUUCCUCAAAGCAGCAUUCUGAGCACAUUCCUCAGCGCGGCCACUCUGUGAAGCACCAUGAGGGUGGUGUACGUGGCUGAUAUCUAUACAUGAACACCUCUGCUCUUCCCCGUCAAAUAGUGCCACCCGGGUGUGACUCGCGAGGACAAUGAGUACACAUGGAUGGAUUUGGACCAGGAAGGAGAACAAGUAGUGAACUGAAUAAAACAUAUAUCUAUAUGUGAGCUGAGUCAACUGCCUUGCGCAAUCUCACAGCUCGCAGACACCAAAGGCUGACCCUGUAGGUGCACCCUUCCUCCCCUCUUUCGUUGGUACAUCACUGCAAAUACAAAAUACUACAACUCAAUGAGAACAAAUGAUAUGCAAGCUUGUCAAGGAAGCACAUCGGGGACAGAGCCAGCACUAGCCAAACGAAAGUUCAGUGUCUGCAUGCAGCGUAAACACCUCUAGUAUCCAUGUGAGGAGUGGCUAGUGAAGUUAUCACUAGGCUGUAAUGUAAACACUGCAUUUUCUCUGAAAAGACCGUGUUUACAGCAAAAAGCCUGAAGGGAAUCACUGUACUCACCAGAACAAAUACAAUAAGCUGUAGUUGUUCUGGUGACUAUAGUGUCCCUUUAAUUACUACAUUUAGGCGACUUAAAGAAGAGCUGUAAUCUGAUGAACCACAAAAUGGAGGCUAUAGUAACUAAGUUAGUAAUGCGGUAACAUACAAAGUGAACUAGUAAGGAUAUGCUAUGUUACAAAUGCAUAGAAACAAAAGAAUCACAUUGCUCAGAAUAUAAACUGGCAGGGCAGGAUAAGGAAUAAUUAGACCAUGCUAUCUAGGAGCAAAUGCAUAUGAAGACCGGUACCAGUGCACUGCUUCAGUUAUAACAGGAUGUAGAACAGCAUGGUCUCUGCAAGGGUCAGUUGUAUUUAUGAAGAAUAGAAUCAUAAGCAAAGGAGUAAAAACACAGGAAAGCACCACUAAGGGUUUCCAUAACUGGCUUAACUGGAGCCAGAGCAAUGUUCACUGAGAAAGCACAUCAACUUUUUUUGGUGUAAUCUGACACUUCAAUAUGGAUUACAAAUGCCUAGUUGGUCUAUAAAACCAUAUUGCAUGACCGUCUCCUGCACCAACAAUACUGAUAUGCUUUUAUUCUCUUUAAAACUGUUUUUAGUAGGAAAUGUUGCCAAACUCCUGGUGUGCAACCAGCUAUGUUUUACCCUAUUUAUUACUUCUAGAACUCAAUGUAAUGUCACAGACCCUGGAAAUUGUAACAAAGAGAUGCCAAGAGAAAGAUCAGGUAAAAAGAUCAAAUGUGUGAAGCCAACUACUGUGUGAAAGGGAGUGUCCUAAUUGUAUAUUUCCUUUUUUAUUUUUAUUUUUUUUUCUUCUGAUUGAAAGUGUUGAGAAAUAGACGUUUGUUUUUGGCCAUUUAUUCUAUGCAUGCUCUAUAUAAUAUGGAAUAUUUUAUUCAUACUUUCCUUUGGGGCUCACAUUAGUGGACACAGCUGCCAUCUUGCUUAAUUUUCAGUGGCCUAAUCUUCUGUACUCUGGAAAGGUUGUCCUUGCUAGUGUGGCUUCCUCCAUACUGUUAUACAGCUGCAUGUCCCCAUAUACACUUAGUGGUAGAUCUCCUGUGCAGCACUUUCUGGUUUCAGACCAAAUACAGGUGUAUGAAGAAAACACCUUAGACCUAGUCAUGGGCGUCCGCAGGAAUUUUUCUGGGGGGGUGAGGGGGCAUAAUUGUAAUGACAUCCAUGCUUGGUACCUUUUUGACAGUGUCAUGAAAGGGAAGGGGCAUAGCCAUUAUCACAUAAAGCCAGGGUGAAUAGCAUUUUCACAACUAUGGUGUCAGGAAUAUGUUUGUAUUCCUGACACUAUAGUGUUCCUUUAAGCAAAUUAAAGGACCAUUCUGGUCACCAUAACAACUUCACCUAAAUGAAAAUGCUAUGAUGCCAGGAAGCCCCUUGGUGCUCGCUUUCCUUUAAGGGGUUAAAUCGCUCUCAAAUGGCUUAACCCCAAAGGCUUCCUCCAGCUGCAGGGCGCUCAGUGGUAUUCGGCUUCUGAAACAGUGUCAGGAAGUGCAGAUUGACGUCAGGCAUGGUGCCGCUGAUUGGUUAGAGUGGACAGUUGACGCUCUAAGCCAAUCGCUAGUUCCCGGUUCAUAAAAUAUUUUUACUUUUUUAUGAAUGGGGAGCUACUGAUUGGCUUAGAGUGCCAGCUGACCGCUCUAGCCAAUCAGCAACACCCCUACCCAACGGCACUCUGUGCUUCCUGACACUCAGUAAAUAAAAGUGAACACAUUAACACCGAUAUUUUUUUACCUUUGGAGAUGAGAAGGUCCAGCGUUUCCCUGCCAGGCCCAGGUACCAAAGCCUUAUGAUGUGGUGUCCAGAAUAAAGUGGAGGGUUCACUUAAUUUGUCCUUCCUGCUCCAAUCUCCUUUUCCUCUCCUUCAUUUGACAGUCUUCUUUUUCUUCUGACACUGUUUUCUAUCCUUGGCUCCUUCUGCUCCUUUACCUUUCUGCUACUUUCUGCUUAUUUUGCGCCCUUGUGCUCCUUUCUCAUUCUGAUCCCUUUCUGCUCCUUUUUCUACUUUGAACAAUAAGAAAGGAAAAGUGAAUGGCGCUUACACAAUAGAAAGCGCACAAAGGUAGUGGUGGAAUAAAAAGUGUUCCCCAACACCUUAGAUACAAAGUAUGAAAUAAAAGAUAUAUUGACACUGAAUAUACAAAUGCCAAAAAAAGUCCACACACCACUCUUAACCCCAAAAGGUAAGUGUAUAUAAUACUUGUAAAUACAGAGGUAUAUGCUGAUGGUAUUCCGUAUAAUUGGACCCCACAAUAACACAAAACAGUACAUAGCGUAGACUGUAUAUGAUAACAAUAAUGGAAAUAAUAAAUGGAUCCACUCACGAAUUUCAGAGCCGUGCCAGGCUCUGUGCAAAAUGCCCAAGGGUGCCUAUACAGGCUAGGUGUGGAAUCUUCACAGUAUCCCUCAGAUAGGAGAAGCAGCAAAAAUGAUGAAAAGGUAAAUACAUUUAUUGCAUAAAAAUAUAAACUAAACAAGUUGUAUAAAAUAGUGCAAGAAGUAAUAUUGUUAAUGCAGACUUGUUUCAACUCACUCUUCCUCAGUGCAUAAAGGAUUCAUCUAGCUGCUAUUCUCUUUAAAUAUGCCGCUUGUCUGGCUGCCGAUCACAUGGGCGGAAGUUCGGCUUGCCGGCGUCUGACGUCACUUCCAGUUUUUCGGCGCUCAUUUUCUCGGCUUUACUCUUCACAGGUAGUUUGCCCAGUUGAAGCAUCAGCUUCCAUUAUGUGUAUGGGCAACUAUGGGAAACUUAUAAACGUCAUGUGUAUAUAAAUGUAAACAUUAAAAAGUACAUAAAGAUUAUACAGUAAAAUCUUUAUGUACUUUUUAAUGUUUACAUUUAUAUAUUGCAGUUAAUUUUCAAUCACACAAAAAAUAGCAGAACAAGCUGAAAAAUCCACGCGGACGCCCAUGGAUCUUGUGUAUAGUCAGGGGAAUACAGAUGAACCUGGUCACUGAUUGUGGUUAUCCUCUGUUGCUAACUGGUGAAUUUAAAGUGUCCAAUGUGGCUUUAAAGUUGGAUUAUUUAGUGUUUCUGAUGCUUAUUUUCUGCCGCAUGGAUCCAGCAUAAUUCUGUUCAUUAUUACAGUAACUAACUGUAACUCUCCUGACCGUUGUGGUGCUAGUGCUCCAAUGGACAGUUUUUAAAGCGUAGAGGGGCUGACUUGCGUUUCAUGUUGUUCAGCUGUGAUUAGUAAAGUGUAAAACUAUAAAAUGUACAGAAUCUAAAUGUUUCAGCUUGGUUUUUGAUGCAUCCUUUCAAAUAUCACUGUACCUUUUUAUGGGAUCUGUUUAAAAAGGGCACAAAGUAGGCAAAGUUAAUCCUGUACCGCACAGUUUAUAUCUGCAUAUGAAUUCUAUAUUUCACUUGUGGGACCCUUUAGUUCAGUUUGGGGAGUUAGUCUGGAUGACUCGAUAAUGGCCACUGACUGUAGAUUUGAACCGGUAUCUGUACCGUUAAAUAUUCAAUUUUGUGACGUCUACUAACACUUUGUGGCAGGUCAUUUCAAACCUGCAGGCCCAGUUAGAGAAUAUUAAAGAUGAAGCUGCCUUGAAUGCCGUACGAUUGAAUGAAGAGAACCAAAUGUUGAAACAGCAACUGAAAUUUAAGGUAUGAGAAUAUUCUAUGCUCCUGUACAAAGCAAGUUUCACAUCCUCUCUAAACUCCUCGCUUAAUCCUGGAGCGUAUUAUCCACUUUACUCUGUCACCUUUGAAAACAGUCAGAUCACUUUAGUGAUUUGAUUUUAGUAAGUACAAAAUAAAAAAAUCUUACGUUAUACUAAUUACUCCUGCAUAUUUUGAAGAGAACAAUAUGCUCAUAAUGCAUGCUGAUCUUCAUAUGCGACUAUACACUAUAUCCUGUAAAAUACUAGAUCACUUAUUAUAAAUUACCAAAGUUUCUACAGUGUGCUUUAAACUAUGGAGAACCUGUGGGUUUAUUCUUUAGAGGGAAUUGUGUAGAAUCUGUAAAUGAAUGGCAAGGUUUAUGCCAGGUUAGCUGACCUGCAUACUUUAAAUUUACUUUUUUCCAGUGCCCUUGUCUGCUGUCUAUUGAAUAAAAAAUCCAUAUAACCUCUGCAUUUGUUCAGAGUUUGACAUUGAACUGAAAAUUAGCAGUCAUUCUUCUAGUAAUCAAAGUGUUUAUACUAUGAUUGAACACAUCCUAAAUGCAAGGCUUGUUUAAAAUGAAAGGUUUUUUGUUUUUCAGGAGCAAGAAGUUAAAGGACUUCAGAGUCUGGCAGAACGGGCAAUUCAGCUAGAGGCUUCCGUAACUGAACUACGGGCAGAGCUUGAUGAAUGUCGGAAAACUUUCUCCCCAAUUGACCUUGCUGAACCAAAACCUAAAAAAGGCUUGUUUUCCAAUCUUCGAAACACCAUGUCUGGCACCCCGAAAAAGAGCAGCAAAUCAGCUGAUAAAGUGGAGGACAGUGCAUACAUGCUCAGGAAAAAAACAUUGUCUCGUAAAUAA